AUGACCCGCACGCUCAAUCUCAGUAACGUGGUCCAUGAUACCUCUUCGAAUGUUGCCAAGUCAAGGGCAGCGAGCCUCUCCCUCGACAAACGAGACGACCUUGAUUGUCUCAAUCCUGAUGCCAGGGUCGGCGCCGCCAAUGUGGAGGACUGCAACAAUGUUUGCAGCAACUUCUUGGAUUACCCCACCGUCUCCGUGCACAUCCUCGCCCUCGAUGUUGCUAUUUGGGAGCUCGGGGCCUGCCAAUUCGGAGUGGCAAAUCGCGACCCGUGCAGCCCUACGACUCUCACAUUCGGGGUUCUGAUAUCAUACUGCCAGGGAAUGCUUGGGGAAUGCGUCAUUAAUGGCCUUGACGGGUACUACCAUGUUUCCAGCCGGAAUUUGGCUAUGACACUUACCGGUGACGGGGCAACACCGCGCUACAGCGCGGGGCCUUGCGCGGACUCGAAGGAAAGUGUCAUGGCAUAG